UAAGAAGUGCUUUGACUCCCAUGCUAAGAAUAAACCUAUUACCAAUGCCAAGGUGUAAAAGAUUGCAUCAUCUCCAUGCUGUUGGACACACCUGGGACCAGGUCCCCAAACAGGCCUCAAAGGCUUCAGGCAGCCACCUUUCCUGCUCCCCUUGGACCACCCCCAGGAGGAUCCCCAGCCUCCCCAGACACCUUCACAAUGAGGCAUUGCCAGCAGGCCAACAUUUGCUGCACUCCUCUUCCUCCUUGGCAGCCCUUCAGAUGCAACCUAAGUCUGUUACACCCUGGCGAUAACAGUGGCUUAGGCCAUAUAAUCCCUCCUUUACUUGACUUUGGGUUAUUUUGAGCAGGAGAUUAAGGGAGAUUAUCUGCAUCACCUGAGAUGCUACACUUUCUAUCUCUACGCCCUUCCCUCCAUCGCUGGGGCUCACCCCAGGCAGUAGAAACCCUCCCUCCUUCCCCCAUCCUCCCAUCUUAGAGCACCGCCACGUGGUGGCCCAUCACCAGCUUCUUUUUGUGGUCCUCCUCCAGCCACCUCGCAUGCCCAGAUCCUGGGCUGGGCCUGGGGACAUUCCUUCAACAUGGGAAAAAGAAGGCAGGACACAUCAACAUGCUGAGGCACUAAUUGGGAUUAGCUCUUUGUCCUUGAGGAGAUGGUGUUAGAAAGACUGAGAAAAUGCCUUUUUGGGCAUUGGGAACUUGCAACAUGGACCAAUGGAUUUAACAGAAGCCACUCAUCUCCACCCUUCAGAGGAUUUCCCAUUUGGAGCAUCACACACCACACAAAUCACAGCUACCUGGGAAAAGCACUGAAGCCUGCAUUUCAUGCUCAAGGAGGAAUCCCCAUCCCCUGGCAGCAGCAGCUGUGGGCAUCACCCAGCCAAGGCAGUGAGCUCCUUUCCAUGUUUUGGGGACCAUGUGCUGCUCUUCAGCUCACUUCAGCUUGGAUUUAGCAAAGCACUUAAAUGUUUAAGUGCUGGUUUGAAUUACUCCCAAAGCCUUGCUGAAAUCAGCAGCUUUGAUGUAUCAAGGUCUAAACAAGCAGCGCUACCAGCAGUGACCAAGAGAGCCAAUUCCCUUUCCUAUCUGAAGGAAAGGGAGAGAUGCUUGAGGAUCCUGGGUGUGGGGAGCAGCUACCAAGAAGCAAUAGUUCCCCUGGAAAGCCAACACAUGUGGCAUCCCACCAAGACACGUGUGACCCAUGCUCACAUUCAUGGCAAGCUCACACCUUCCUGGGCUGUUUUUCCUCAUUUCAGACUACACCAGGCUAGAAUCCAUCUGCCACACUAGAAAUUAAUAGCAAUCAUUAAACAAAAAGAGCUGGCAAAAAGAAGCCUGAGGUGAAAAGCAGCCAUUUCUGCCAGGAAAAAAAAAUUAAAACUAUUUAGACAUACAGAAAGCCAUUUAUUACUGUGAAGUCCUCCCUCCACCUGGGGUUUAAAUCUCAUUACAGUUUGUCCAAAACAGAUGUUACCCUUUUAGCAGUAGAUUAUUAACGAUAAACUCAAUUCCUCCAGAGAGGGUGGGUGUUCUGGGUUCACUUGUUUUUUCAACUUGGGUAACCUCCACAUGAAAUGUUUAUGAAAAGGACAGGCAAUCCAAGUGCUGGCAGAGCUCCCUGCUUCUAUUGUCUUGCACUCUCUGAAGUUUCCCUUUCCACUCACCGCAUCUUUUGUUGGUCUACAAAUGAGCAGGGAAAACGCAGUGGCCCAUACAGUGACCACAGACACAGCUGAGGAGCAGGUAUGAUGCUGGGGAAGGGCUUUCACAUGCCACAAGCCCAUGCCAAUGCACCAACAGCUUCUGCUGCCCCUCCACAUGCAGUUAAGCAUAAACUGUGGUCAAACCACAGCAGCAUCUCUUUGGAACAUAGCUUAUAUACACAACUCAUUUUCCCAAGAUACUCUGCUUCUACCCACAUAUUUUUGGGUAAGGCCAUUUGUUGGGUUCUAGGCCUGCUGACACCACACAGGAGACCCAAUGGUCUUGCCUGUGAUCGAGCACCCUUUAUAGAUAACGAUGGGCAUUGCUUAUUCCCAUGAAUGCAUGAGCACACUUCAGCAGCAGAUCAGCUGACACCCAGUUUCACCAGUCAAGCCUCCAGUAGAGCUGUAUCAAUGUUCUGUUUAGUUUUGACAUAAUAAAGAUACCUGCUGGGGGACCUAGAAGCCACAUUACCCAUGUUGUAAACACAAUCAGACGAAACAUUAAUAACAGCUCCACACGAAUACAGCCAUCUGGCUGCCCAGCCAUCUUCCUGAGCGUUUCAGGUAGGAGGAAGCACAUCCUAGCACUCUCCAGGGACCCUAUUAAAUUGGUGUUCUUGUGGUGCCUCUUGGAGUAUGUCUGGGAAGCUUGCAUGUGCUACUGCUUUUCAACUAUCAGUGAAGCCAGUACCAGCAACUCAGAGCUCUCAGAAAACACUUUUGGCAACAUGUACAAGUCUUUUCUGCACCCCCAGGGAAGCAGCAAAGGCUCCACUGUUGGCCACAUGCAUCUGCAAGUGCUCACUGCUAGAAGAGAAGCAUUCCCCCAACACAGCACUUCCCAAGCCCCCAGGUCUUAUGGCUCAUACACAAACCCUUCAUGGAGCCCUGAGGGGAGCCCAUGUACAGCCCCAAGCAAACAGCAUACGCACUGUGUGCUGGCAUGGGGUAUCCCUGGGACUGAGUCCAUUGCAUGUCUGCUCCUAUUGUGUCAAAAGGAUGGCAUGGUAACUGCAGGGGCUGCACUGUAGGAAGAAAAACACUGUAAGUUCGUGGCUGAAAUUAAGCUCUUCAACAGCAGCUGAGGUGAAUAAACAGCGGCUGAGACAAAUAAACACAUCUCAUGGGCUCUGCCCUGUCAGAGGGGUAUGGCCACUGCUACCUCCCAUCCUUCCUCACCUCGUAUGUCAAUCUGCAACCCCUCAGGCUCCAAACCCAGCUGUGCACACAUGUGGAACAUCCAGGCCCACAAACUACCAGCUAAAAGCAGGGACCACUGUGCCUCACGUCCCUUGGCUCCAUCUACUCCAAGUGCUGUGGGGUGCAGUGAAGCUGUACACCCUGCCUUCCUGCAAACUGAGAUGAUCGUGGGAAGGAGAUUUGUGCUUUGAGUGCCAUAUAAAGGCAUGGUGUGCACUUAGGAAAUGCUCUUUGGUCAGUAGGGUUUGCCCUUUGACCUUGGCAGCAUUAUAUAUGAACUUAAUUGCUUUUAGCUAUGUCAGACUGAGCUACCCAUGUGGCCUCUAAGCCAUUCCUGUCUCCCCUAAGUGCCGAUUCUAACAUAUAAUUCUAUCCACAGCAUGUGCAAAACAAGCACCUGGAAAUGAUGCCUCAGAUACAUGGGCUGUACUACAGUAAUUGUGUCCAGGGUGUAUUUGCAGACCAAAUACAUCAUGGCCAAAAGGGAUCAGGUAAACUGAGGAACCAAGCAAGGACAAACAGCCCCACGGAGGCACGUGGAGAUGGGGACCAGCAUCAUGAUGGGCAGCAGAAAGAGAACAAGGAAAUGUACUAUAAAAAGUGAGAGAAAGGCUUAUCUCUGAGCCAAAGAUAUUCCUCGGCACGGGCAUCCAAAUUCAUGACUCCCUCCCCAAGAUGCCAGAGACCUGGUGAUGCAGGACCAGCCUCAGCCACCCAGGCCUUGAGAGCAGCCCCUGGCCGGUGGCUGCCAAGCCCCUUGGGCACCGAGGUCCACAUUCACCACGGACACUUCCCCCCACAGCUCCAAGCCAUGAGGAGAAGAGAGAGAAGAACAAAGCUGCUGAAGGAGCUCUAACCCACGUCUUCCCGGCCCCUGCCUCUCCCCCUGCUUCCAGCAGACCAGGAACCCCUUCUCCAUGCCACCCUUCCAGAUGGCAGGUCGCCGGUGGGCUGCGACGUCAGCCUUCUGCAUGUGCAUGGCAGCAGUCUCUCUCCUGCACGCUGGCGGGGUGCGGGCAGACUGCUGGCUCAUCGAGGGGGACAAAGGUUUUGUCUGGCUGGCCAUCUGCAGCCAAAACCAGCCCCCCUACGAGUCCAUCCCCCAGCAAAUCAACAGCACCAUCGUGGACUUGCGGCUGAACGACAACAAGAUCAAGAGCGUGCAGUACGCCUCGCUCAGCCGCUUCGGCAACCUGACAUACCUCAACCUGACGAAGAACGAGAUCUCCUACAUCGAGGAUGGUGCCUUUUCAGGACAGUUCAACCUCCAGGUGCUGCAGCUGGGUUACAACCGCCUGAGAAACCUCACAGAGGGCAUCCUACGAGGCCUGGGGAAGCUAGAGUACCUCUAUCUCCAGGCCAACCUCAUCGAGUCCGUCACCCCCAAUGCCUUCUGGGAGUGUCCCAACAUAGUGAACAUUGACCUGUCCAUGAACAGGAUCCAGAGACUUGACAGCAACACUUUUAGGGGUUUAAACAAGCUCUCUGUCUGUGAACUCUACAGCAAUCCCUUCUACUGCUCCUGUGAGCUCCUUGGCUUCCUGCAAUGGCUGGAGGCCUUCACCAACAUGACACGCACGUACGAUCGGAUGCAGUGCGACUCCCCACCAGACUACACGGGCUACUACUUGUUAGGCCAAGGGCGGACUGGCUACCGCAAUGCUCUGAGCAUGCUCUCUUCCCUUUGCACUGGUGGUUCCUACACUGUGAUCCCACGUUUUAUCCCUCCCCGGUACCAAGUGACCACAGUGCCCUCUGAAAGCCCGUGCUCCGAGGAGGAGUGCUCCUCUGGUGAUGGCACCACCCCACAGUUCUCCCUCUUCACGCCCAUUGGUGAGACAGAGGUGAGGCCGAACAUCCAGGUGAAGCACCUCAACCACAACUCAGCCGUCCUCACCGUGCAGAUCCCCUACCCCUUCAGCAAGAUGUAUAUCCUCUCCCAGUUUGAAAACGGCUUCUCCUCCAUGAUCACCAAGCUCAGGAAGAAGGAGGAGAACAUCACCGUGAGCAACCUAGUAGCACAAAGAGAUUACACCUACUGUGUGGUCUCCGUCCACCAAUACUCCAAGUACAACCAUACCUGUGUCACCAUCACGCCCACCAGACCCAACCGCAAGGAGCCAGUGCCCACUCCUUCCACUGCCACUCAUUAUAUCAUGACAAUCCUGGGCUGUCUCUUUGGCAUGGUGAUCGUCCUGGGCGUUGUCUAUUAUUGUCUCCGAAAGAGACGCCAGCAGGAGGAGAAGCACAAAAAGGCUGCCAGUGGCAUGAAGAAGACCAUCAUUGAACUGAAGUAUGGGCCAGAAAUGGAGACCACCAGCAUCACCCAGCUGUCCCAGGGACAGAUGCUGGGCGGGGAGACCGUGACCCGCAUCCCCUACUUGCCUUCUGCUGGUGAGGUUGAGCAGUACAAGCUCAUUGACAGCAGUGAGACCCCCAAGGCCACCAAAGGCAACUACAUGGAGGUGAGGACGGGGGAGCAGUCAGAGAGGAGAGACUGCGAGCUGUCCCUGGCACCAGACACCCAGAGCUCCGUGGCUGAGAUCUCCACCAUUGCCAAGGAGGUGGACAAGGUGAACCAGAUCAUCAACAAUUGCAUCGAUGCCUUGAAAUCUGAGUCCACCUCCUUCCAAGGGGUGAAAUCGGGGGCAGUCUCCACAGUGGAGCCUCAGCUGGUUCUCUUAUCAGAGCAGAUCCCCAGCAAGCACGGAUUCCUCUCCCCUGUCUACAAGGAAAGCUACAACCACCCCCUCCAACGACACCACAGCAUGGAAGCAGCCCCCAAACGCUCCAGCACUUCUUCCAGUGGCUCCAUACGGAGCCCCAGGUCCUACCGCUCUGAGGGAUCGGGCCACAAAUCAGAAGCCAAAUACAUCGAGAAGACGUCCCCCACCACUGAUACCAUCCUCACUGUGACACCGGCUGCAGCCAUCCUGAGGGCAGAGGCGGAGAAGAUCCGGCAGUACAGCGAACACCGGCACUCGUACCCUGGCUCACACCAAGGGGAGCAGCAUGACAGCAUGGCAGGGCGAAAGCCUUCCAUCCUGGAGCCUCUGACCCGGCCUCGCCCCAGAGACCUGGCCUAUUCCCAGCUCUCGCCUCAAUACCACAACCUGAGCUACACCUCCAGCCCGGAAUACACCUGUAAACCAUCGCACAGCAUCUGGGAACGCUUCAAACUCAACCGCAAGCGGCACAAAGAUGAGGAGGAAUACAUGGCAGCCGGCCAUGCCCUGCGCAAAAAGGUCCAGUUUGCCAAAGACGAGGAUCUUCACGACAUCUUAGACUACUGGAAGGGCGUCUCUGCCCAGCAAAAGUCCUGAGUCCUCACAUAACUCGUGACUGAAAAUAACUGGACCAAAAAGAAACCUGCAGCAGCUAUUUUUAUUCAGACUGUCUUUGAAACAAACAAACAAACAAAAAUAAUAAUGAUCAUAAACAAAACGAGAAAAACA